UACUUGAAGGCAACCAUGAGCGCAGCCGGGAGACGACGGGCAGAGAGCAAAGUCACUUUUCUAACCUCCCCUCCGCACACGCACACACACACACACACACACACACAACACACGCACACGCACACGCACAGACACACACGGACAUGAACCGUCUCAUCUUCCCUCAGUGGGCGUGUGUCCGUCUUUGUAUGUGUCGGUGCAGAGGGGAGCCUGUGUUGCAGUUUCACACGUCAGCACAGAUGUUUCCAGUUUGAAGUCCUCUUCCGUCUCGCCUGUUCUGCAGUUGCCUGCAAACCCCGGUCCGGUCCGGUCCGGUCCGGUCUGCAGAGCGGUUUGAACUGCUCCGGCCCCAUUGCACUGCAUUCCUGUUCAGUACUGCCCUGAAGAUGGUGACACUGAGGAGAAUCCUCCACGUGAAGGCAGAUGUGUUGUGCACAAUGCUGUUACUCGUGUUGUUCUGUCUGCUGCUCUAUGCCCACCAGGUCAUGCUCUCCUCUGGGUGGGACAUGCAUGUGUGGAAGCUGGAGAUCCAUGGCUCUACCAGCUCCAGUAGGACGUUGCUUGGCUCGAGCAGAGCCAAAGCAGGCCAGGAGUCUCCAGGGGUAUGCGCUGAUCUGGUUCAACUUAUGACUGUUUAUGCGUGUUUGCAUCAGACCCCAUCUAGCCCGUCAGAGCCACAGCUGCCUCCCUGCAAACUUCAGGCCAAGUCCAAACCUCCGCAGGCCAAGCCCAAACAUCAGGUCAAAUCUAAGGGGAAGUCUCAAUGGAAAAGCCCUGUCCCGACCGCUAAGCCUCUGCCUACUUUGCCACCAUUUGACUUUGAGCGCUAUCUGAGAGAAAAGGACAACAGAAACUUUAAGCUGCUCAUCGACCAGCCAGAGAAAUGUCACGUUGGAGCAGCAGCGGAGGAGGAAGGAGGAAGAGAAGCAGGAAGUAAAGGAGGAAGUAAAGGGACUUCCACUGCCCCCUACAUGCUCAUUGCGGUGAAAUCUGUCUCUGCAGAGUUUGAUAAACGUCAGGUGGUACGUCGGACUUGGGGUAAAGAGGGACUCUUUCAAGAUGGUGUGUUAAUCCGGACGGUUUUCCUGCUCGGGGUUCCCAGGAAUCGGACUGCUCUACCUCUCUGGGAUCGGCUCAUGACCUACGAGAGUCAAACCUUUGGGGAUAUCCUUCUUUGGGACUUUGAGGACACCUUCUUCAACCUGACGCUGAAGGAAAUACAUUUUCUGAAAUGGGUUAACAGCAGCUGUCCUCAUGUCAAAUUCAUCUUCAAGGGCGAUGCUGAUGUUUAUGUUAAUGUAGAGAAUAUACUAGAGAUGCUUCAAGGUCAAAAGCCCGACCAGGAUCUGUUUGUGGGUGAUAUUAUUAUCCAUGCUAAACCAAUUCGAAGGCGCAAUUCCAAAUACUUUGUGCCAGAGUUUGUUUAUGGAGGAGGUUUGUACCCAAAUUAUGCCGGAGGAGGAGGGUUUGUCAUGUCGGGACAUACGGCUCGGAGACUCAGCGCUGCCUGUCAACAGGUGGAGUUGUUCCCCAUUGAUGACGUCUUUCUAGGAAUGUGCCUCCAGCUGAUCGGCGUCAAACCAACACGCCACCAGGGCUUUCGGACCUUUGGAAUUCCCCGGCCAUCUGCAGCACCCCACCUUCAGACGUUUGACCCCUGUUUUUACAGGGAGCUCAUGGUUGUCCACAGCCUCAGUGUUCCUCAGAUCUGGCUCAUGUGGAACCUCCUGCACGACCCCAGACUGAGCUGCCACAACAGGACGCGGCAGACGUCCUGGCCCUUUAAGUGGAAGGAUAAGAUGGGAGAAACGGCGGGAGAAGAGAAGGAUUAUGGCGACAAGCAGGUGUUUAUCACGCAUGAGUGACUCUGCAAGGCCCAUUGGGAUCUGCAAGAGCCCCAGUGAGGACAGAAUGGUUCAAAAGCAGCAUCGAUGGCCAACUUGAAAGGCUCGCGUGUCUUCAAAAGCACAGUUGAGUCGUAUGAGACUUUAUCCAAGAUGGUAGAUUGUCUUUGAGGAAAUGAAUUGGCAUCGCUCUAAUGUGCUUCAGAUUGUUCAAUAAGGGAAGAGAAGAGAAUUUGGGCUUUUGCCACCGAAGCCCAUCUGUGUGAUCGCACGUACAGGCAGCAUGACCGUGAUUGUGAGAAGACCAUCGAAUGUGUAAUCUUCAGAAUGUAUUGUGUUGUAAUUGUUUACUCAGAGACGCAGUAAGAUCCACGAGGAAAACAUAACUGACACGUGGUUAGCUGGUUUAACCCCAUCUGACAUCAGACUGGUGUGGACAGCCAGGACUGGGAGAGAGUGUUUACGGUUCUCACCUUGAAGAGAUGUUCUUCACUCCAUUGAGCCGGAUUGAGGUACAAACGCACAGUUAGGUUAUCUGUUCCCUGAAGAGACAACAAAGACAACAUGGGAACCAGCACACACCAAACCGUGAGUUAAUGUGUGUGACAGACAUUUGAGGAGUCACGUGCACUUUUAUGUGAACGCACUUAUUAAAUGCUACAAAAAUAUUGA